AUGAACAAGUAUCUACUCGGUGUACUAGUAUUGGUAUCAUGUUUUAUUCUAAUUUUCAAGCAAACCACCGCUAAUGUGAUUAUCAGUUCUGGUGAAGCUACUUUUGCUUCAAAAGAUGCUGGAAUCAAACGUAUAACAAUGCAAAAAGUCUACCGUACAUGCAAUGAUGAUACCACUCAAUACAAAUGUCACGGCAGAGGAAAACAUACGAAAACAACAAAAACAAAAAGAUCUUUAUCAGCGACUGAAACAACACUUGAUCAGUUUUGGGGUGCAUAUUGGAUGGGUUUAAUAACAAUUGGUACGCCAGGUCAAACAUUUUAUAGUCAGCUUGAUACGGGAUCAUCUGAUCUAUGGGUUCCAGGCCAACAAUGUGGCGCUGCAUGUGGUGGUAAUCAUACAUAUAACCCUAGUUUAUCAUCAACAUACAAAGCAUGGAACAAGAAUUUUACGAUUCUUUAUGGUGAUGGUACUACUACCAGCGGAGUAUUUGCAAAUGACACAGUGAAUAUUGCCGGAAUAUCUAUUACUGGUCAACCAUUUGCUAUUAUUAGUUCAGCUUCAGGUAUGAGUUGGCGAACCAAUGACGGUAUACUAGGUUUAGGGUAUCAAAAAAUUGCACAAGGUGGUGAAAAUCCUCUGGUGUGGUCGAUGUAUUUGGCUGGACAGUUAACUCUCCCAAUCUUUUGUUUUUGGUUCGGACCAGUCUCAACUGGUUCGGAUACAGGUGAAUUAAUUUUUGGUGGUUAUGAUACAACGAAAUAUACAGGCUCUUUUACAUAUGCACCAGUUAGUGUUCAGGGUUAUUGGGAGUUUAUUGCUGAUAAUGUUAAGUUAUCAACUGGAUCAACUACAAACGUAAUAGCUAAUUCCAUUAGCGCUAUUUUGGAUUCGGGAACGACAGUUGCCAUGACAGUUCCAACAGCUUAUUUCAAUACGAUGAAUACAUUAAUAGGAGCUACAUACGAUUCAAACAGCGGAUGGUACACAGUCGACUGUCAAACAAAACCCUUAUCAGCUUUCCCAAAUAUCACAGUUACAAUUAGCGGAGUUCCAUUUAUAUUAACACCCUUAAUGUACAUUAUUAUUAGUGGUGGUCCUUCUACAUAUACAUGCAUUAGUAUGAUUUCCUCAUUGGACGCAACGGAUCAGCUUGGAAAUCCAAUAUGGAUCCUUGGAGAUUAUUUUAUGAGACGUUUCUAUAGUGUAUUUGAUAUGCAACAGAAUCGAGUCGGAUUAGCUUUAUCAACUUCCUAUUCAACUGUACAAGCAGUACCUAGUACGUUAUUUCCUGCAGCUGCAACCGUAACUCCUUCGUCAACAACAACAACCACAUUAACAUCAACUGCAACAAAACCGUCAACAACAACAACCACAUCAACAACAACGUCAACAUCGACAUCAACGACAACAAAACCAUCAACAACGUCAACAACAACAACAACCACAUCAACAACUUCAUCAACAACAAAACCGUCAACAACAACAACAUCAACAACUUCAUCAACAACAAAACCGUCAACAACAACAACAACAACAUCAACAACAACAUCAACAACCACGUCAACAACUACAUCAACAACCACAUCAACAUCAACAUCAACUACAACAAAAUCAUCAACAACCACAUCAACAACAACGUCAACAUCAACGUCAACAUCAACUACAACAAAACCAUCAGCAACGACAACAACUCCGCGUGUUGUAACUUCAUUAGCACCAAAUACAACCUGUCUUGUUAAUAUUCCAUCAUCUGUCUAUAUCUACAAGCCAUCACUUUUAUCUUUUCUAACAACACUAACAACAUAUCAUGAUGAUAUUGCUUUAUGUGCUGGUGUUAGCGUUAUGUUCAAUGGCUGGGGUGGUGGAUACUCUUAUUUAGAAAACAACGUUGUUGUUUAUGGUGGUGGUGGGGCUGGUCGCACGAUUUUUCUUAAAGCUGGUGCACGUUACUAUUCCUUAGGUGGUGGAUCUCAUACUGUCUAUUACGAACAAGGUGCACAAUUUGAUGGUGCUACAUAUACUCGACUAUGUAGUAAAAUAAUAUUUCAAUAUCCAUCAACAGCCACUUGUUGA